AUGGAGAAGAAUAUAUUUAUGAAAAUUUCUAAAAUCAUACCAGUGGAUUCGGUUUCGCCGUUGAGAAGGUUUUCGGAGAAGCACUGCCUGCGAAUUGCGAGAGAUUGUUGUAAGGCUGCCGCCCUGGACUGGCGCCAUGAUCCACAGGUUCAAGCUAGCCGAUUGCAUAACCAGGCUCUAAAAAUCAAUAAUCAAUCGAUUGAGCUGCUUGAGCCCGGAUCAGUAAUCUUUGAAAUGAAUUCGAUUUGUUGCUGUCAGUGUGGCGAUGACCUGGAAGAAUUUCCCACAAAUGCUAUAUAUAGACACUGCCUCUGCUUACGAUUCUUUUUCCACCAAUUAUUUUCUGGAUAUGGUGCAUUGUUUCAGAGGAUCGAAGGGCUACCAGUUUCAUCUCCCAUUCAAGGAACUGCAUCAUCUUCUGUUGGCUUCACACUUCCAACUUCUUUAAACGAUGAAAUCCACUCAUCCACAAGACCUUUACCUUACGAAUCAGACCAUAGAUUUUCACGUCUGCAACGUGGCCUGGUGUCAAGACGUGAGAAAUCAAUGACACAUUUCCAAGAGGAUUCACAAGCACUCAGAAGGAGCAUGAGUAGUUCUGAGUCUUUGGAGAAGGUGAAAGUUCCAGAAGGGGUACCCUACGAGCAAUCUUCAGAUAAUGAAGAUGUCUGCCCUACAUGUCUUGAAGAAUAUACUUUGGAGAAUCCUAAAAUAGUGACACAGUGCACUCAUCAUUUUCACCUUGGUUGUAUAUAUGAAUGGAUGGAAAGAAGUGACACUUGUCCAAUGUGUGGCAAGGUGAUGGAGUUCUGUGAAAGUCCAUAGUUAUUUUAUGGAGUUUGAGAGGCUUUAAAGCAUCUUGUAUUGUUAAUAAUGGAAAUUAAGUUUACUUAUCGCUAACCAACACCAGGCUUAUGUCAUCUCCAUUUUAAACUCCAUGGGUUAU